GUGUGUUGUGUGUGUUAUGCAUUGGAUACCCGUUUGGAAUUAAGCGUCCUCCACUGGGAUUUUCUUUUCCGAACGGAUUACGGAGUCUCUACUAGGCCAGUUGCAGCCGUCGGUGGCAACGUCGGCGAACCUGCUGUCGUUCGGAUGUUCUUGGAACGCUGGCAGUGACGCUAAGAACCGCUCGUCGGCCACGAUGAUUCUCUCGUCGGCGCUGGACACGUUGAGGCAUUUUACGGCUGGCAGCAGCACUGGUCACAUGAUGUACGACGAUGCGGUGCCCUUCCACGCAGUGACCUGCGGGACGUAUGCACCCGUGCGCCGCAGUACAGCCCAGGACGAAGCCGAAGAGAUUGCCGCCAAGUACCUCAACGGCUACCAGAAGUCCAGCAGCGCUGCCGCUCCUGGCGCCAGCAAGCUAGAAGACUACCAGUCUUCUCGCAAGGACCUCUGCUGCGAGCUGCUGCCCACGCCUCCCCGGUCUCCCGACCGGUCGGACUCGUCCUCUUCUGGCAGCGACGGCGAAGGCUCCACGACGACUUCUGUCCGAGGUAGCGGUGGUCUUGUAGGACUUGUUCACGACGCCAGCAGCGUCGACUUCAGUGACGGUGCGUUCAGCGAGGCCUGGUCCCAUUUCGAGAUGGACGAGUUGGAGGCGGCGGACUUCUCCUCCGAGGUCUUACCGUCUCCGGAGGAGCAGGAGGUCAUCUGUAACAUUCUCUUCGAACAUGACGACUUCAUCGAGAGGCUCCUGAACGACGACGCGGCUCUCAACUCUGUCCUCGUAGGCGGCGCGUCUUCCUCUUCGGAAGACACCAUCGAAGACGACGUAGAGGACUUGGUCGCCGAAAGUCCGGUGGUGUCCUCGUCUCCUCUUCCAGUGGCUGGCUGGUACCCCGGCUAUCCGGGAGCCCAGUUGGAGGACGAACCCGUACACCAGCUGCUGCACGACUGCAUGUGGUCUGGACAGUGCACCGACGACUGCAAGCAGAAGGCGGCCCGCGAAAAGAUGUCCGUCUCGUCUCUGCUCUCUUGUUCGCCGUUCGAGGAGCUGGUCAUGUCUCCGGCGUCCGCCAUGACCCCGCGUUCCCCCGACGACGUCCUGGACAUGCGGAUUCCUCUGAUGUCGCCCGCGGCCAAAGCGACAGAGACUGCACCCGCUACCGUCACUCCCGCUGCCGCCACCUCCACGUCGAAGACCACUUCUACGGUGGCUUCUUCCGGUUGUGGUGCCUCCGCGGUCUGCGACGACGCCCUGGUUGCCGGUCAGUGCGUGGAUCCCAGUUCGGUGCUGAGCUACACGCCCCUGAGUGACCACUCGUACCACCAGGCGACCUCUUCGGCGCCCCCGACGCCUCCCGACUCCCCGAAGGCCGUCUCGCAGCAGUCUUCUUCCACGUCGUCGGCGACCUCUAGAGGCGCGAGCAAUGGGUCUGCCAGCGUGGGACAGCUCACACUGUACCGUUCACACAACGGCAGCUGGCAACGCGGUGGUGGCAUGGUCAUGUCGGAUACACCGUCUGAAUCCGAUGACGACGACGACGACGAUGAUGAUGACGAUGAUGAGGACGAGGAGGAGCGCCAGCAGUCUGUCGAGCAGCACGAUGACGAUGAUGACGACGAGGAUGAUGAUGACGAUGAUGAUGAAGACGAUGACGACGACGACGACGAAGAGAUCGACGUCGUCACCGUCUCCGGAGAGCGCCACCAGCGGCACGGCAACGCUCCCGCCGUUCUCGCGCUUCCGGCCAACGGUGCCACCGCGAUCCGGUGCGCCGGCGUCCGGGGCCAGCCCCGGUCGUCCACGGUGACUCCUGUUGCCUCCCGCAUCACGUCCAGCGGCCGCGUCGUUACGCCCUCGCACAAGGCCCUGCACGACCAGGCGUCCCGGAGACGACGUCGCGGUGCCGGGUCCCCGAACGUCUCCGCCCACGCCACGUCUCCAGUGGGUGGCAAGCGAAAGCGUUCCCGCCAGUACCACCACCAGGCGUCCCAGCAUCAACUUCACGGCUCCCUGCUGGCUCAUCCUAAGCGGUCCAGGCGCGACCACAACGCCGACGGCGCUGGUUUCGGAGCGCCGUCGUGCCCGAUUCGGCGCGGCCACCACCCACUGUCCCAGCUGCCCCCCAGCGUCAGGCGCAACGAGCACAAUACCAUGGAGCGAAAGCGUCGGGAUGACCUCCGCCUGGCCUUCCAGGACCUGAGGGUCCGGGUGCCCUGCCUGUACGACAACAAGAAGGCGGCCAAAGUGACCAUCCUUCGCGAGGCUGCCUCGUACGCGCUAAAGCUCACGAGCGAGGCGUACCAGCAGGAGAAAGUUUACAAGCACGAACAGCACCGCCACCACAUGCUCCGGCGAAAGCUCGCCCAGCUGCAGCAGCAGUACCAGCUCCAGCAGCAGUAUCAGCAACAGCAACGGAUACGCUACAGCAGGCGCUAAGCGAGCGGAACUCUGAGGUGUUGACGCAAAGCCUCGACAGUGAGUUUUGUCCCAUGUGUAGUCACAGACUGCAGUGUUUCACUGUCCCAUGCUUCACCUGGGUCCCAUGCUCGCCUGUCUUGAGGCUCACAGUCGGACCUCUGUCCUUGCCAACCUGGAGCUUUGCCCGCAUCGGUGCCUAUUCAGUGGUAAUGGACCGGAGUUCGCAUGCCUCAUUGCCCCGCAGUGUGCAAGCAUCUGAACUCUUACCAGAACUAAAUGCCGGCCCCUCUGCAAAAUUUGAUGCUGAAGACUUUCACGGUGCGUGCUGGAGGGGCUAGUUAUUGAAUGCUCUUCUGUGCGGUGGCCAUAUCUGUGCUAGCCCUCCCUGUUAUAAACCUGCGUUGUAACUGUGAAAAUGACUUCCUAGCUGGCUGGCUGGCUGUGCAGAGUUUUGUAGCACGGGUAACUUUCUUUCUUGCAUCAACAUAGGAAUGUUGCAUUCAAGUAGGGGUGUUAAAACCAGCUCGCGGCUUUUUAAGUUAUCUUUUUUUAAGCGGGCGCAGGAGUGAGCUCUUCGCACCCUACUUGCAUUUUUUUAUCUCUUUAACCAGGUAUUGGCUGUGUGUUGACUGUGAUUUAAAGUACAGCUUUUUUUUUUAGAGUUGGAGAGAUGAUGGAAAGCAGUUGGCAGAACAGGAUUGGUUUUGUAGAAUUCGGAAAUUUCUUUUUGAGGAACUGUUUUGGCAUAUGUGUAUUGUUUGUAGAGGAAAGGAGAUGCAGCCAAUACUUUGGAUUUCAGGGAACCUGAACAAGGGAAAAAAAAAAGGUGCAGGUUUGGUGCGUCACUGUUGAAAACAGCUAGUCCUCAUGUGGUACGUGUUCUGUGGUGUUCGUGUCUUGUAUAUGUUGUCUGUUGGUUUUUAAGUUUAGCUUUGUUCUACUCUGGCGCACAGCUGCCUAAAUUGAUUGGCAGGGUGAAGUAGGUCCAUAUGGCUGCUGCUACAGUUACAUAAUUUUAGAUAUAGAUGUCCAUCUAUAUAUAUGGCAUAUGUAAUCACCUAUCACUCUUUGUGGGGGCCUUCUUACUGGUAAUUGUAUUGGUACUAGCUUUUGUAUUUUUUAAUUUUAAGGAAGUUGUGCCUGUUAGUGUGCUUGUACAAUGCGCUUUCAGUCAUUUCACCAUGUGAAGGCUGAUUUCAGCAUUUUUUUUUUCAUCCCACACCUUCCAUACGUAAUACAUCUCAUUUCACAUGGUGCUAAUUAGCCUGACCAACCAGGCUAUCAUUCGUGAGUGGCGCCUCGUUGCAAGCCGUUGUGCUGAGGCAGCUGUAGGUACUGCUCGCACGUAAAGGCGAUGGCGCACUGUUGCUGGUACCUGUGGAAGUUGCUUUGUCGGCUUUGAGCUGCAGCUGAAUCAAGCCUGCUUAUUUAAUGUAUGCUAGCAACAAAGUCGGACUUUUCUUGCAGCAUUCACUGAGUGAGCAGCCACUUAGCAGGCGGCUGGCAGGCUAGUGACUGAUGCGUAUCACUUCUCUACAACCAAACGGCCCAUACGCAUGCAAUCUGGUCUUGAUGUAUUGCUAAAUUGUGUUGAGACGUGCACCCUGCACUGUGCAAUGACAUCACAGUGGAUGGUCGAGGUCUUUUUCUCCUUGCUUCACAUUGAAUCGCUGUGCACUUGCGCUUUAAUUUGGGGCAUACCUUUGUAAGCCACACACAGGUUUGCGGAGCACGACAGUGGUGCUAUAUGACCCAUUUUUCAGAGACCUGCUUAGUUCAGUUAGCGUUGCAUAGUUGUGAUGCUAGACCCUAUGCAAGCCAUUUGUAGAGGCAACUCGGACACUUUCAGUGAGAGCACGCUCCCCAGCUGUGUGGGUACUUUGGAUCGGGUACUUUGGCCUGACGCGAUGUUCCCUCUUGACUGGAUAAUCGUCCAUUUCUUUCUCGCAUCUCAUUUUUCUUGCGUACUGCAUUUCUGUGUUGUAACUUCGAUGCUUGCAGCAAUUUUUGGGCAUUAGGUGUCUCAUCUUGCGAGACAUGCUAUCAUAUUUUCGUAGCUCCAUUAAGAUUUCGCGUGCUGUCGCAGUUCAUGAUGGCAUUGCUUUUUUUCAAGGAUUCAGUUGGAGUUGGCUGGUAGUGUCUUCUCAUGGUUGGCCUGGUGGCGUGGUCAUGGUUUCGACUCUUUUGUUGGAAGCACUUGCAUAAUAUGGUACUACAACAUACAUCAUCAUGUUCGAGUAACCUAGAGGCUGCCAAAGUUGCAAUUGUGUAGAGGUUGAAAUCCAGCAAGCUUUUUUCGCUCCACCCAACAGUGCUUCUAUUGAAAUCAAGCCUUGUUCAACGAGUUACCCUAGCUGGGUCAAGCCAUUGUGUUCUCUUAUUGCCUCGAGACUUUAGACGAAGCUGUUUUAAUUGCGUGUAAUCACCUUAUUUUUUGUUCUUUUUGGCAUAGAAAUGUACCAUCGUCUAUAUAUGCUCGAAGUAAAAGGCUAUGGAAAGGUACUUGCUGUACAUGGUUUUUCUUGUAUGUGCACGCCUUUAUUUUAUUGCUGCAUAUGUAAUCACUAGUUUCCCCUGCUGUUGCUCGCCUACCUUUAUAUUUUCACUGCAUAAAUUUGGGCUUGAGCACCAGCUUUUAGUCCAUGGCUGCCUAAUGCGUUAUAUUUCUGCACUUGAAUUGCCAGUAACCCUACGCUCAAGAGAAGCAAAAACAUUAGCAUUUUUUAAAGUCCAGUUUUUUUCACUGUUCUAAUAUCCGAAAUUUGACCCUCGAGGUUACUGCUUUCCUAAUUCUAAAGUCUAAUUUGCCAGGAGCACAAGAACUUGUACUUUCAAUAGGUAUUACAUCCGAGUUAUUCUUGCUUGUUUAGUCGAGUCGGUGCUGCACACUUUUCUUGGCACGGUUUGGCUGCAUUGAGAUGUUUUUAUAUUCUAUGCCUUCUUUCAUUUCUUCGUAAUACACUCCGAAGUUCCUACACUUAUAUAUAGAUAGUAAUUAUUAGAUAUCUAUUUGCGGUGGGUUUGUUGUAAUGCCAAGUGUUUUAUGGUAGUAUCGCCGAUAGGGGACUUUCUUUACCUCCUUGUGCAUAGACUAAGAAGGGGUAUCUUCUCGCACGUGCUACGUUACUACACUAAGCUACAUGUAUACCCUACCUUGCCGAGACGUUCUUCGUUAGAAUCACUGGGCUUUUUUUUUCCGGCAUAAAUACUGAGUCUUUAGCACAAACUUGGUAGUAUUCUUCAGUCGAUAUUGUGAUACCGGAGAGUCGCUGGAGAAUUCCAUUUGUCGUUCACUAUCAUUGUGUGUUUGUUGCCCGAUUGCUAUUUCUUUACGCGACAUCGAGAUAGUUUGGAGCUUAUGCAAGACCUUGUAAUUGUUCACCAACGCAAUUUGCAUUGAGUGUGGUGCAGUCGUGAAUUGCGAGGGCACGUCGCCGCCUGUGCUGCUGUGGUUUGGAUCUGGGACGGCUUUAGUCUGCUUCCCACGAGUUAGUCUAUGGAAUGGGGCGGCGUCGGUUCUUUGAAUUUCGACUAAGGCACUUUUGCUCGGAACAGUUGUGCAUAUAUCUUAUUAAUGCAAGCCAAUUGUGCAUAAAUGCAAACACUUGAGUGUUGUAGCAAUAGUUUCCAAUCGUUUUGUGAUGUAACCUUUCCUUGGCCAUAAGUAACCGUCAUGUGUGCACUUUUUGUUCGUUUUAUAAGGAAACGUUCGACCACAUUUUUUAAUGCCUUGGACAAGCCGUCCUGGCUGUUUUUUGAAUAGGAACUGUCUUUCUUUUUUUUUUCUAAUGUGGAGAAGUUUCUUCAAUGCAAGUUUUUCUCGCACGGUAUGGUUUCCCCAAAACAAGGAUGCAAAUGCAGCAAAGGGUUUUUUUCAUUGUGUGCUGUGUCGUUCACACUGUGUUGUUUCGCUCAUAAGAACUCUUUUAUAAAACUGCAGAUUGUUAUUACCCAUGUUUUUGAUUUUAAUCUUGUGUUUUUGUAAGGGGUUUUUAUUUUUAAACUUUGUGUACAUGUUGUACUUUUUUUGCCAUAUCGACAGCCCGGAAUUUUUUUUCUCUUUAGAACUGUCGUUUGUACCGAGGAAACUGAUACUUUUCUCAACGCCUUUAAUCCUCUACUGCCGUGCCUUAUAGUGGAAGUUUGAAAAAAAAAACAGCAUAGUUGUUUCAUCGAACAUUACCACUUGCAUUUUAUAUAUACAUCGAUAUUAUGUAUACAUACAUAUAUAUAUAUAUACACCAGAGGACUUGCUCUUUCCCCAUUUUGUAAUUUACUGUUACACCUCAGCCAUCAUCAUUACAGGAUCAUAGCUUUAAUAUUGGUAAACUAAGACAGAUGGUAAACUGUGAACGUCGAUGUUAGAUUGCCGUAAGAGACAUUUUUUUACUCUUUCAAACCGAAGAUUAGAGGGCGUUUGAGUCUGCUAUUGAGGAAACGUAUUUUUGUUUUGCACGCGCGAGUUUAAGUUAUGAGUGCCAAGGAAGGAUUUGAAUAGGAUUAUGAUGCAGUUGCAUAGAAAAUUAAAAUGUUGUUUUUGCUCA